AUGACGGUUACGGUGGUGUAUGAUAACUCUGAGGCAACAGAGCUCUGUGCAGCUCAGCACCUCUACCUCAAGCCCAUAGCAAAAUUGAUGAUCAAUGUAUUGCUCCCAGAGAGUAUAGAACCUGUGAGGCCCUUCUCUAACUGGGAAGUUCUUGAUCAGCUGAAGAACCUGAUUUGCCCUGACCAGUUCACUACAGUUCGGCUCUCCAAGAGUACCAAGGACUUCAUCCGAUUUGAGGGUGAGGCUGAAACCCGAAGUUUGGUUCAGAUUCUGAAGGCAAAGUUACAUGGGAAGAUCAUCAAGCUAAAUGGUUUGAAAACAGACUUAAAAGUAGUGGCUACAGAUGCCCAGGGAGAGUGGGAACCCUUCCCCAGGGAAAAAGAGGCCUCACUGAAUGAUGGGGCUGAAGAGCAGGACCAUGAUAAGAGCCCAGAUUCCAUAUAUUUUGAAGGCUUGCCCUGUAAGUGGUUUGCACCUAAAGGAUCCAGUGGGGAGAAGCCAUGUGAGGAGAUCCUUCGAGUAGUCUUUGAAAGUUUUGGGAAGAUCAAGAAUGUGGAUAUUCCUAUGCUGGAUCCCUACAGAGAAGUGAUGACUGGUGACAGCUUUGGGGGUUUUAGCUUUGGCUUGCAGACAUUUGAGGCCUUUAUACAAUACCAAGAGUCAACUGACUUUGUAAAAGCCAUGGAGUCCCUUCGAGGAAUGAAGCUGAUGCUCAAAGGAGACGAUGGGAAAGCUCUGGCAUGUAACAUUAAGGUUAUGUUUGAUAGAACCAAACACUUCAGCGAAGGAGCUAUAAAGAGGAGAAAUCAGGAAAGGCUAAAAUUACAAGAGCUCGAGGAAGAAAGGAAAAAAGAAAAGAGAAGGGAAGAAGAAGUGGCUGAAAGAAAAAGAAAAGAUGAGGAGAAGAAAGCCCAAGAAAAGAAGAAGAAGGGCAGGGACAGGAGACGAACCCUGAAGGAAAGGGACAGACACCGGCAAAGGAAACAGAAGGAAAAAGUCAGAGCUGUGCCACCUCCGGAGCCGGAUUCUUCAGAGGAGUGGGAAGAGAGAAAGUACCUGCUGGCUCAGAGGCGGGUUGAGGCCCUUCGGUUGCUACGGGUGCUGCUGAGGAAAAUUGCAGGAUCCGCACAGUUUAACCCACAGGAGGUCAACGGUGUUAUAAGCCCUAAAGCUGAUCAUGCUCCAUUGGAAACUCUGGAGGAAGAAGAGUUAAACACUCAUUAUUUUCAAAAUCAAGAUGAAAUGCCAAAAUACCAGGUUGCCAAGUCCGACAAUAAACGAAAACAAAAAAUGAAGAAAAGAACUAGGGCCCACUUACAUAAAUCUUCCCACCACCUUGGGAAAAGCAAAUUAAGAUAUUCAACUAGAAAAGAGCGACCUGGAAAAUUAUUAACUGAUGGAUAUAAUCACAGAUUGAUUUUUGACUGCAAUUCCUCGCCAAUUACAAUGGUUCAAGGUCAGUCUCUUGAGAGAGAAGACCACCACAGUUCUAAUAAAUCCUAUUCUUUCAGAUUAUCUGAGAGAGACCAUGGCAGAAAAUGGAAGAUCUAUGAAACAGAUGAAUUUAUUAACUAUCUAUUAAACUAUUACCAAACUCCAAAAUAUGCUCGUAUCUGCCUACAACCAAGUGAGACAACAAGCACAUGUCAGUGGAAGAGGGCUGUCCAUACCAAGGGAAAUGGAUUUCAGAUCAAUUUGAGAAAAUGUAGGCAUCACUCAACCAAUUUGAGCCAAAUGCCAAACCUGGAAAUCAUAGAACAGGAUCAAGAAGAUGACUACUGGUCAGAGAUUUGUAUUCAGGAUCCUGAACACAAACCACAAAAGACGGGAAAAGUAGAUUAUGCCAAAGACUGUACUGACAAGUUUAAAAAUUAUUGCACAGAUACAGCCAGUGUAGCUGGUGAUCAGUUGUCCCCAACUGAUGGAAAGAGCCAUGUAGUGGAAAAGACUCAGGCUCACCAGGUCGAAGAUUUCAGAUCCACAAGGGAAAGCCAAGAUUCCUCACCCUGCAUAUCAGAAGACUUAGAUUUGCAGUUGACCGAUUUCUUAGAGGAAAUUAGUAGUGAUUCUGAAUGCUUCAGUGAAAUCCUUAGUGUAGACAAAGAGAAAGAGAAAUAUGUGGCCACAUAUAGCUCCCCAGAAAAAGUACCUCUUGACAUUGACGAAAUCAUCACUCAUGAACAAGAAACUAGAUCAAGUCAGCAGACCUUGUAUUCAGAGUGCAAGCAUAAUAGUGAGGAAAAAGAUUCUAAAUGCAAGCUUAGGACACCAGGCAAGAGGUCUAAGUAUGAACUAAAGUGUUCAUGGCUUGAGGGAGAAAGCAAUUCCUUCAGAGAUGAGAAGAACAACAGCAAAAAGAGGAGAAAACUAUUCCCUGAAUCCUUGUUUGAUGAAGGCUACCACCUCGAAUCCAGUUCCAGUGAUCUACUAGAGGGCAUCAUAAGAAAGAAGAGGAGGUUUAGUGGUAGUACAUUUGACCAAAGAGUGGACUGUAGACCCUCUCACGUGCCAGUAACAUCAAAAAGUGCUAAUGCUUCCUAUUUGGGUGAUUUUCCCAAAAGAAGAGAGACUUCUUGGAAGUCAGAAUAUAACCAGGAUGCAAGAAGACUUAAAAGACAUGAAAAUUCUGAAGAUUUCAUGUUCAAUUCUGAUAAUUAUUACAUUAGACAUAACAGUCAGGAGCACGUUGACUAUGAAAGCUAUUUAGGAAACGACUAUGCUAAUUCUUCAUAUUUUCAAAUGUCUUGA